AUCCUUUCCCACUGUCUUUUUCUUGAACACAAGCCCAACUUUUAAACAGUUUAAGCCCACUAUUCAUUGCCCAUAUGGGCCUCUAACCUUCUCCUACCUCUGUCACUUCAUCCUGUCAAAAAUGGCGUCUACAGUAGCCAAGCUUAGAAGCAGCUCCAAUUUCAUCAAUAGCCUUCGAAGAUUUUCUCACGCAAUAUCCAUACCACCACCACUUGAUAGCACCAUUUAUCUCCAAACACCUUCAUCACCAUCGUUGGUUUUACCUGAACAUGACGACGACAACAACAACAACAACAUAGGAUUUAUGGUCCCAAAUUCACCUUCUCUUAAAGGGUCUAUGGAGCUAAUGGCUGUUCCUAAGAAAAAGGUUUCCCCUCAUAAGAGAGGCAUAAGAAAUGGACCGAAGGCUCUAAAACCAGUGCCAGUGAUUAUGCGGUGCAAGGUCUGCGGUCGAGUCAAAUUACCACAUUUCUUUUGCUGCAGUGGAAUCAAGCCUGGUGAUGAGAAUAGUUCCAGCAGUUGAUCAACUUGAAGUGGAGCAUCCAACAUAAUUUCUUCAACUUCAACUUUGUUGUUCUGGUAGAAUCUUUUUUUUGUUUGAAAGAAAGAAGUUUAAAAUAUGCACCAUAGCUGCACAAUAGCAUAGGCCUCUUGCUGAAGAACCUGUUUUGCAUGUUUAAGUUGCACUAUAUUAGUUUUAUUUCUUCCAAGUCUUCCCUUAGAUUGAUGACGAGACGACUAGUUCUUGAAAAUCACAAAGCAUUAGAAUUCGGAGACUAGAGCACGUAGCUCUUUCACAUUCAUCACUCUGGAAAAAACAUCCCUGAUGCUCCCCUGAGCAAACAAGCAAGAACUUUCAUCAAGAUCGUCUGUUCUCCGUGACUAUCAGAACUGUUCAUGUACUUUGUGAAGUUGCACUGUUGAGUAUGAAAGUUUCAUAUCUGUAGCAUUCUCAUCACUUUUAGUUUCUUCAUAUACAGGUUUGAGUUCUUUUUUUGAAGGAUUUGCUCUUCCUCUAUGGCAUUGAUAAACGCUCGGGUAUGUAUGAGAAACAAUCAUCCUAGUUGAAGCUGCUAAACUGUGUUUAUGCUAUUGAAAUAGAUUGGAAUUUUGUUUCCCAUGCAAGACAUGAAAAGCUAUUCUUCUAAAUACUUUUGAAUUAUGAUGUCUUAUCUUCCAGUUGUUCUGUUGUGCUUUGAAUUUGUUUCACCUUGUGCUGGUGGAAUUACAUGGUUCAAACUUGCUUCAACUGCAUUCUCUUGUCAGAAAAUAGUACCCUGUAAAUAGGAUAAACACUAGUGUUUUUUUUUCAAUA